CGCGGCCGCCCUCGCCCUACAGCCCCUUUGCUCUUACCCUGUCUGAAGCCAACAUGUCACUGAAAAAUGAGCCAAGAGUAAAUACCUCUGCACUGCAGAAAAUCGCUGCUGACAUGAGUAAUUUGAUAGAAAAUCUGGACACACGGGAGCUGCACUUUGAGGGAGAAGAGGUGGAUUAUGAUGUGUCUCCCAGCGAUCCCAAGAUACAGGAAGUGUGUAUUCCUUUCUCUGCUAUUUAUAAGACUCAAGGAUUUAAGGAGCCUAAUAUACAGACGUAUCUCACCGGCUGUCCAAUAAAAGCCCAAGUUUUGGAAGUGGAGCGCUUUACAUCUACAACAAGGGUACCAAGUAUCAAUCUUUACACUAUUGAAUUAACACAUGGGGAAUUUAAAUGGCAAGUUAAGAGGAAAUUCAAACACUUUCAAGAAUUUCAUAGAGAGCUGCUCAAGUACAAAGCUUUUAUCCGAAUCCCCAUUCCCACCAGAAGGCACACGUUUAGAAGACAGAAUGUCAAAGAAGAGCCUCGAGAGAUGCCAAGUUUGCCCCGUUCAUCUGAAAAUAUGAUCAGAGAAGAACAAUUCUUCGGUAGAAGGAAACAACUGGAAGAUUAUUUGACAAAGCUACUGAAAAUGCCCAUGUAUAGAAACUACCAUGCAACAACAGAAUUCCUUGACAUAAGCCAGCUGUCUUUCAUCCAUGAUUUGGGACCAAAGGGCAUAGAAGGUAUGAUAAUGAAGAGAUCCGGGGGACACAGAAUACCAGGCUUGAAUUGCUGUGGUCAGGGAAGAGCCUGCUACCGCUGGUCAAAAAGGUGGUUGAUAGUGAAAGAUUCCUUUUUACUGUAUAUGAAACCAGACAGUGGUGCCAUUGCCUUCGUCCUGCUGGUAGAUAAAGAAUUCAAAAUCAAGGUGGGGAAGAAGGAGACAGAGACAAAAUAUGGGCUCCGAAUUGAUAAUCUCUCAAGGACUCUUAUUUUAAAAUGCAACAGCUAUAGACAUGCUCGGUGGUGGGGAGGGGCUAUAGAAGAAUUCAUCCAGAAAUAUGGUACCAACUUUCUUAAAGACCAUCGAUUCGGGUCCUAUGCUGCUAUCCAAGAGAAUACAUUAGCCAAAUGGUACGUUAAUGCCAAAGGAUAUUUUGAAGAUGUGGCAAAUGCAAUGGAAGAGGCACAAGAAGAGAUUUUUAUCACGGAUUGGUGGCUGAGUCCAGAAAUCUUCCUGAAACGCCCCGUGGUUGAAGGAAAUCGUUGGAGGUUGGACUGCAUUCUUAAACGAAAAGCACAAGAGGGGGUGAGAAUCUUCAUAAUGCUCUACAAAGAGGUGGAACUCGCUCUUGGAAUCAACAGUGAAUACAGCAAGAGGACUUUAAUGCGUCUACACCCCAACAUAAAGGUGAUGAGGCACCCAGAUCAUGUAUCAUCCAGCGUGUAUCUGUGGGCUCAUCAUGAGAAAAUUGUUGUCAUCGACCAGUCAGUGGCUUUUGUGGGUGGGAUCGACCUGGCCUAUGGAAGGUGGGAUGACAACGAACACAGACUCACAGACGUGGGCAGCGUGAAGCGUGUCACUGUAGGACCAUCUCUGAGUUCCUUCACAGCUGAAACAACAGAGUCCAUGGAAUCCUUAAGCCUUCAAGAUAAAAACAAAGCUAGUAACAAUCCGCCCACCCUGAGGAGCGUUGAUGAUAUGGAUUCAAAACUGAAAGGAGUAGGAAAAUCCAGAAAGUUCUCGAAAUUUAGCCUCUACAGACAUCUCCACAGGCACCACCUGCACGAUGCAGACAGCAUCAGCAGCAUUGACAGUGCCUCCAGUUAUUGUAAUCACUGUAGAAGUCGUCAGAAUUUAAUCCAUGGUUUAAAACCCCACCUGAAACUCUUUCACUCUUCCAGUAAGUCUGAGCAGGGACUCACUAGACCUAAUGUUGACACCAGCUCCCUCCGCAGUUUACAGACAGGCAUGGGAGAGCUCCAUGGGGAAACCAGGUUCUGGCAUGGAAAAGACUACUGCAAUUUUGUCUUCAAAGACUGGGUUCAACUUGAUAAACCUUUUGCUGAUUUCAUUGACAGGCACUCCACUCCCCGGAUGCCAUGGCAUGACAUUGCCUCUGCAGUUCACGGGAAGGCAGCUCGUGACGUAGCACGUCACUUCAUCCAGCGCUGGAACUUCACGAAGAUAAUGAAAUCAAAGUAUCGGUCCCUUUCGUAUCCUUUUCUGCUUCCAAAAUCUCAAACAACAGCCCAUGAGCUGAAAUAUCAAGUGCCUGGGUCUGUCCAUGCCAAUGUACAGUUGCUCCGCUCUGCUGCUGAUUGGUCGGCUGGUAUAAAGUACCAUGAAGAGUCCAUCCAUACUGCUUAUAUCCAUGUGAUAGAGAACAGCAAGCACUAUAUCUACAUAGAGAACCAGUUUUUCAUAAGUUGUGCUGAUGACAAAGUUGUGUUCAACAAGAUAGGUGAUGCCAUUGCUCAGAGGAUCCUGAAAGCUCACAGGGAAAACCAGAGAUACCGGGUGUAUGUUGUGAUACCGCUGCUGCCAGGAUUUGAAGGAGACAUUUCAACGGGUGGAGGAAAUGCUCUGCAGGCAAUAAUGCACUUCAACUACAGAACCAUGUGCAGAGGAGAAAAUUCCAUCCUUGGGCAGUUAAAAGCAAAGCUUGGCAAUCAGUGGAUAAAUUACAUAUCAUUCUGUGGCCUUAGAACGCAUGCAGAGCUUGAAGGAAACCUAGUCACUGAGCUCAUCUAUGUCCACAGCAAGUUGCUAAUUGCUGAUGACAACACUGUUAUUAUUGGCUCUGCCAACAUAAACGACCGAAGCAUGCUGGGGAAGCGUGACAGUGAAAUGGCUGUCAUUGUACAGGACACAGAGACAGUCCCUUCAGUAAUGGAUGGGGAAGAAUACCAAGCUGGCCGGUUCGCCCAAGGACUUCGGCUGCAGAGCUUCAGGGUUGUCCUUGGCUAUCUUUCUGACCCAAGCGAAAACAUUCAGGAUCCAGUGAGUGACAAAUUCUUCAAGGAGGUAUGGGUUGCAACGGCAGCUCGAAAUGCUACAAUUUAUGAUAAGGUGUUCCGGUGCCUUCCCAAUGAUGAAGUACACAAUUUAAUUCAAUUGAGAGACUUUAUUAGCAAGCCCAUAUUAGCAAAGGAGGAUCCCAUUAGAGCCGAGGAAGAACUGAAAAAGAUCCGUGGGUUCUUGGUGCAAUUCCCCUUUUAUUUCUUGUCUGAAGAAAGCCUACUGCCUUCCGUUGGAACCAAAGAAGCCAUAGUGCCCACAGAGGUUUGGACUUAA